AUGUUCAGUGGUUUGUCCUCAGAAAAGACUUUUCUCAGCGACAAAUACAUGACGACUCCAAGUCAAUCAUUUGAUGAUAUUUUCGGAAAUACGACUGAAUUCCCAGACUGCUCGGAUAAAUGGUGGGAGAAAGAGCCCGAUAUUGCCAAAAUUUGCGAUGAUUUUCUGACCUAUUGUCCCGAAGAAGUCGAAGAAAACUCUUGCCGGGGAACAGCAGACGGCAUCAACCAAUGUAUUUGUCCUGUUUCAACCAGAUUUAGAUACUACGUGGUUUUCGUCUUCCUGACCUGUUUCGCUCUCCCCGGCGGUGUCAUAACAUACUGUUACUAUAGCUUCAUCAAGCAAAUUACCAAAGUUCACAGGCUCGUUCAUGCAGUUAAAGAAGAACCUGAUCUGGAUCUCAUGUGCCAUCAAUUCAAUAAUCUACAUAUUCUCAACAGGACACAAGAAGAAGAUAAAAGCCUUCUUAGCGAAGAAAUUCCGCAAGAAGGGCAAGAAACCAACAAGCGACUACGAGACAACACCGAAUACCCAGCGAAUGACAAUAAUGACAAACUCGGCGGUCGGAGAAGAAUCUGUGCGGCUCCACUCGAGGCCGAGCAGUGGCCGAGAUUUUAG